AUGCCUGGCACUUCUACUGUAGUGCAAGGUAAAAUAGAGCAGCAUGGUUGGAUGAAAGACGAAGCAGAUGCUGCAAAUAAGAGUUUUUCAGGAUUGUAUGGUCACUGGGGUGGUGAUUGGGUUGAUGAAGAUUCUCUAGCAAAAUCAGAAGAUAAAAUAUCUUUAGCGAGGUUGGAUGCCGAGAAGGCAUGGAUAAUACUAGGGAAAAAUAUGGGUGUUCCAACACAAGUAUUCAGUCUUGGGGGUAUAUAUGGACCUGGGAGAAGUGCGUUAGACACUAUUAUUAAACAGAAACAGCAGGAGCUCUCAGGAAGUCAGAAGGCACGCAGAUUAAAUUAUUACACAUCUCGAAUUCAUGUUGUCGAUAUAUGCCAAGCAAUUCUUGCAAGUAUUGAGCAGCCUUCUGCCGGGAAAGUAUACAAUGUUGUUGAUGAUGAUCCAGCACCUCGUGCAGAAGUCUUUUCAUAUGCCUUGUCUUUGCUUGAGACAAAAUGGCCAGGUAAUAAAUGGGAAGCCGUGGAAAGUGGAACUUCAACAAGUGACAUAUUUGGAGAGAAAAAAUUGUUAUCUUUCAAAAAAUCUGAAACAGGCAGAGGAGAAUUUUGUUGA